AAGUCGGGGUGGGGGAGAUUUUCCUGUGUCUAUGCUUUUAUUUCGUACGAGGAAAAAGCAGGAAUGCUGGAAUUCUGCGCAGGCAAAAGCUGUGUGUUGGGGAAAGGAAAAAAUGCCAAUGAUCCCUGCGCCCAGGAAGUUUCUGGCUUUUAAAAGUUUCUUUAAUAGCUUUGUUUAAACUCCUGCGCCCAACCAGCACAGAAGGGCGUCCUUGGCGUCGCUUGCAGCCUUAUAAAGGAAGCUGCGUCUCCAUCCUCUCCAUCGGCUGCUCCCGGCACCGCGAAGCCUCUGUUCCUUCUCCCGGUCCCCCUCCUCCCCAGCCCGGACAUCAUUUCAUCUAUAUAAGGCAGAAUCCUCGCUUGCCGUCCUCUUCCCUCCGUCCCCAGCCCCGCGUCCCCCGGCUGGGCUGCUGCCACCCGCACAGCUCGGCAUUCUUUCGCCUUGUAUGGCCAAAUCCUUUGGGGUGGGAGGGAACCGGUUGGGGAAAGUCUCGGCUCCAUUGGCCGCCUCGUCCGCCCGAUCCCGCUCUUUCCAGACCAGGGCGAUUGAAAACAACACAGCUAGAAGUCGCAUCUUCUCUGCGGGGAUCGCGGGGGGAAGCGCUUUUCUCUGCCGGCUUGGGACAAGUUUCUGUGUGACAGUCCCCCUCCAAAAACUCCACCAAGAUGUCGAGCAAACGGGCCAAGGCGAAGACUACCAAGAAGCGCCCUCAGCGUGCGACUUCCAAUGUCUUCGCCAUGUUUGACCAGUCACAGAUCCAGGAGUUCAAGGAGGCUUUCAAUAUGAUUGACCAAAACCGUGACGGAUUCAUAGACAAGGAAGAUCUGCAUGACAUGCUGGCAUCUCUCGGGAAGAAUCCUACGGAUGAGUACCUGGAGGGCAUGAUGAGUGAGGCACCUGGGCCCAUCAACUUCACCAUGUUCCUCACCAUGUUUGGAGAGAAGCUGAAUGGAACUGAUCCGGAAGACGUCAUCCGCAAUGCUUUCGCUUGCUUUGAUGAGGAAGCCACAGGUUUCAUUCAUGAAGACCACCUGCGGGAACUGCUCACCACCAUGGGCGACCGGUUCACGGACGAAGAAGUGGAUGAGAUGUAUCGAGAGGCCCCCAUUGACAAGAAAGGCAACUUCAACUACGUGGAGUUCACCCGUAUCCUGAAGCAUGGAGCCAAAGACAAAGAUGAUUAAAACGAAGAGAUUCCGAUAUGCAGUUGCCCCUGUUUAAGUCCCAUUCCCCUUACUCUUCCUCAAAGAUUCCCUGCUGCCUUGGUCAAGUGUCAGAGUGGGCUAACCCUGAAAUAUUUCAACACAAUUAGCCCUACCACUAAAUAAAGAAUAAGAUUUUUGCAUGUACACCCCCACCCACACACACCCCAGUGUUGAUCCUUUAUGAAGCGACUUCUCAAUUUGGAGGUCUCAUUGAGUAAGGUACUUGUGAAAUUUGUCUUUUCAAAGGAGUCUAAUUGGAAACAUUUUUGAAGAGGAAGGUAGAAGGGACUCUGAAGAUGCAGCUACCUGUCUGGCCAUGUUCAGCACAUCUGUUUGGGGGGGAACCCACCCAGCACUGGAUCUAAUAUAAGUUAAGGAGGCCUGAUUAAAUUGCCCUUUGAGUCUUUACCUAGAAAACUGAUGCUUCUAUCAUUACCACUAUUUAUCAUUUAUACAGCACUUUAAACUUGCAGAGUGACUUCCCAUCUACCACCACAACCCUGUGGGGUAAGACACUGUUAUUCCCAGCUGAGGCAGACAUGUACCCAGAGCCGCACACAAUACUUACAGAGGUGAGACUUCAACCCAGCUCUUCCAUAUUCUAAAUUGAACUUUAUUAUGCUAGACCAUAUAAGCCUUCCUCGCUGUUUAUGUUGCACCCAUUCAAAACCCACUGGGCAUCAAUCCAGCCUUGGGGUUGUUGUCUAUCCUGAUUUAGAUGGCCUGGUCUGUUUUGCCCUUGUGAUACUUUGUGCACAACUAACACCUUUUCAUUUGAAGAUUGGCAGAGCACAUUCCACACACCCCACACCUGUGGAACAGAGACUCACUUGACUUUCCAGUUGUUUUCCAUUUCAUCCCAAAUUUGUGUUGCCUGUUGGGUCGUGGCACUGGUUAAAAUUAAAAUGACUACUUCACCAAGUCAUCCUCUCUUUGGUCUCAAAUCCAGCAUUUUGUGAUUUCUUGCUUGAAAGAGCACAACAAUUAAAAGCUCACCUAUCCACUCUACAUCUACCUUGAUUUUGGAAGAACUUGCUACCGUUAGUCCCUUCCUUUAUGAAAAAGUAUAUUUUUUGAAUAUAGCAGAAGACCAUCUAUAACCCAUCCUGGCUAACUUCCCAGUCAAUAAAAUAAGGAUGUAGCCUCUACAGUUGUUUGUUGACAAUCAGAGCAAAGAUUUUGAAACUGAAGGGGGGAAAGGAAAUUGCCUAUAAAGAGUAUAAUACGAA